AUGGCUUUGCUCAGAAGUCUUUAUCUCUUUGAGAUCCUUGCCUUGCAGCUGGUGUCACUUUUCAGUGUUUUCUCCGCGGGUGUUUCUGAAGGCCCAGAUGUGCGCGUAAUUCCAGAUGUAUCCAAGCAGCGCUCGUGGAAUGACGCGCUCAAGGUCCGAGAUGUUCGGCGUCAAAAUGUUGUAGCGCGCAAAAGUGCGCCUGGCUUUAUGUUGGAGCUGUAUGAGGAAAACAUGAGAAACCCUGCAGUCCUGCAAGGGAGCAUCGUGAGGAGCUUUGCAGCGCACUCCAGUGGAGCGUUUCACUUUUUUAACCUGACGUCAUUUGAUCACCGAGAGAAGAUCACCAAAGCGGAAUUCCGGUGGUUCCGGCGCGCGCACGCGCUUUCACCUGGACAUCACUUUCACAGAGUAUAUUUGUAUGAAGUGCUGGACAGCAGAGUGAAACUUGGGAGAGGAAACCUGAUCCUGUCUCGGUUACUGUCUGUGUACACUGAAGGAUGGGAAGUGUUUAACAUCACACAGAUGGUCACCAAGUGGAUUCUCAACAGCAGUACAAAUAACGGCAUCUUAGUUGUUUCAACUUUGACAUCGGGACAUUGGCUGGAGACAACCGUGAGAGAAACAGGCUAUAAGGAAAAUGAUGCCUAUUUGGUCAUCUACUCUGAUGAUGGUCGAAGAGGCUCUGGUAAAGAUGACCUUGGUCAAGGAGUUUCCACAACAACAACAACAACAUCAGGUCAGAACACUGACUCACCCUUAGAGUUCCUCGAGUACAAAAGCUCCCUCCAGGCUGCUGUGCGAAGACGCAGGAGUACACAUAAAAAGGCAGCUGAAAACAAGCAUGUGAUAAAUUGUCAAAGAACACCUCUCUAUGUGGACUUUGUAAAACUUGGUUGGUCCGGAUGGAUAAUAUCACCAAGUGGCUACAAUGCAUACCACUGCACCGGGUCCUGUUCAUUUCCACUCAGCGGAAGCUUCCAUGCAACUAACCAUGCCAUUGUGCAAUCCAUAGUAAACACGUUAAAACUGUCCAACAAAGUAGAAAGGCCAUGCUGUGUACCAGACAACCUUCAACCAAUAAGUCUGUUGUACUUUGAUGAUGAGGAAAAUGUUGUUCUCAAACAAUAUGACGACAUGGUGGCAGGCAGCUGUGGCUGCCACUAA